AUGUCCUACACCAUGGACCCCGGCGCGGUGAAGACGACACGUGUGAGGGUGAGCCGGAGAUGCGCCAGCCUGCGGCACCACGUGGGCGCCAGCACCGCCACCCUCACCGUGGUGCCGCCCUGGAGGGCCGGACGUGGCCGUCAGACGAGCCUGGAGCUGAAGAUGAGCGGUGGCGGGGAGGAGUCUGGCGCGGCGGGGUCCAGCUCCUCAGCUGACGCCUCGCAGCCCCACCAGCAGCCGCCCAAGAGGAAGUCCAACUGGGAGGUCAUCGAGCACUUCAGUGGCCGCCCGCCACACUCCAGCUCCCUCAUUGGGUUGGGGCUGCCCCGUGCCGCGUCCAUCAAGGAGGAAGAGGAGGGCAACGGGAAGGGCACUGCCAGCGGCACGGAGGGCGAGGAGCGGCCGGAGGACGAGGAGGCGGAGGGCAAGGAGGACGUGGAGAGUCUGCUGCUGGCCACCUCCGCCUCCGGACGCGGGGGCUCCACCAGGAGGAGCCGCAGCCGCGCCGACGUCCUCAGGCUGCUGCUGGCGCGCAUCUGCCGCUCGCACCGCUUCAAGAACCUCCAGGUGGAGAUGCUGUACCAGCGCUACUUCCUGCGCACCAACCAGAGCAACAUGACGCACCUGCUGGGCCUGCUGCUGGCGCUGUGCACGGUGCUCGCCUCGCUGCACCUGGCCACGCUGCUCAUGGCCCCCGAGGCCGCCCCCGGCGCCUAUGCAACUUUCAGAACUUUCACGCAGAUUGAUAAGCUGUGA